AUGUACUUGGAGAAAGGAAAGUGUCCUGAAAGAAUCACCAUCAAUCAGAAGAAGACUAUCAGGAAGUUAGCAAAUGGUUUCUUCCCUAAUAAGGAUAAGCCACCACAAAACCUCAAGAAGAUUCUAAGAAAGAUGAUUGAUAACUACAAAUACUGGCAUGAGCAAUUGCCCUAUGCAUUACUGGGAUAUCGCAUUACCACCAGGACUUCAACUGGGGCCACUCCGUACCUGUUGGUGUAUGGCACUGAAGCAGUAAUACCAGCCGAAGUAAAAAUCCUUUCACUUCGAAUCAUACAAGAAGCUGAAUUGGACAAUGCAAAAUGGAUCUGCAAAAGGUAUGAACAACUAGCUUUGAUAGAUGAAAAGCGAAUGAUUGCUGUUUGCCAUGGUUAA